AUGGCGGACGACGAAGGAAGAGUGCUACCCACGACGCCCGAAAACAUAGCAAUGCUACAAGCAGAAGUCGCAGCUAAGAGACAGCGGAGAGCAGAUCGGGCUGCGAGACGACUAGCAAGGGCUCAAAGUAGGCCGCUGGAGUCACAGGCUACGGGAGUGCCUGUCAAUGGAGAAGCCGACGCAAACUAUGUUGCGUCUUUACAGAAUACAUCCCAAGCACCAAGCGGCCUGGCUAUUGAUCCCAGCCACGACAAUACGCGCCAACGCAUUCGGCGCGGUCCAGUCGCUAUACUACCCAACGCGUUAGGAGAAGGUCUUUACGAUGAGAGGAGGUUCACCAGUCCAUACAGAUUCACGGAAUCUACAUCUUUUACUGGAGACGAUGUCGCAGAGACUGUCGCUACAGGUUCUGCAGACCAAGAACAUCAGAACCUCGAAACGUGGCGCUCUAUGCCUUCAUUGCCGUUCAAGGAUGAAGCAGGAUCUACAGACAGUGCCGCAAAAGACGACUCCGAGAUGGAAAGCGAUGGAGAACACUUGACGACCGAAAUUCAACGUGUUUUCAUGACUCUCAGGGCUUGGACUAGUUGCCUUGCAAUUAGGGACACCCUCUCGAACCUCUCAGAGUCAAUCUUCUGGAUGUGGACCCAAAUUAUCUUGUGGAUCCUUGCAUCUCUCCCUUACAUUUCUCGACGCGUUCUCAACAAAACUACACUCCUUGGGAUAUUGGCUGUUCUUGUUGGUCUUGUCGGCCUAGCGGUUUACGGAUGGGUCGCUUCUGUCCAUGCAAGUGUUCACGGAUGGGCCGGUUCUGUUCUGCACAUAGGUCCAUGUUCAAUCUGCAAGGCAUCCAGGGGAAACUUCUUUCGAACAGCCUGCUACCCAAAAGACAUCACCGCUGAUGUCAUGAACACGUUCAACGAAACUUACGCCAAUUUCGAUACAGCUAUGGCUACCAGAAAUCUUAUUUCCACCGCUCCAAUAGACCUUCGCAGCAGCCGCAGCUCCCUUCACCGUGACCUCUUGCGUCUCCGAGCCCUCAAUGCUACUCUUUAUAUUCCUAGUGCCAACUUCGCUUCUAUCGAUAGCCAAACCGUCAAUGUGCUCGAACUGAGCAAAGCAAUACCGGACGUACUGUUCCGCUGUCUCUCAAGACUUGCAUCGACAGUGGCAGUAGUGGACUACCAGACCAAUGUUACGAUAGCGGAAAUUGCAGCCUUCCGAGCAGGGAAGACGUCUCCGUACAUCUCUAUCCCUGGAAAACGGCCUCGCCGAGUAAAUGCUCAACAUGCUCUGUCUAUCAGAUUUGAAGGGCACGUUCUCUCCUGGCAAAAAUUCAUGGAGCCUCUUUUAGCCGUUGAUAAGGCCCUUCUCGAUACAAUCGGGCAAGUAUAG